GUCAACGACGUCUGCAUCUGCGACACACGAUCGGCGACGACUUCGUCCAAUAUUUGGUGGACGUUUCCAUGCUCCCAGUAAUCAUCCUGACGAAGUUACACAUCCUGUAGCCUUCCAAGACCAAUCAUGCCGGACUUUGCAGAUCAUCUGAAGCCUGCUUCACCAGCAGGGCCCGAAAUCUUGGCAAAGGAGAGAGGACAGUCAGAUGUCGAGAUUGACGAGCUAGCCAAUCUGUUGCUAUCACGAAACGAGUUUUUGUCGAGGCAGCAGAAGAUAUUGCCAAUAUUACAAAAGGAUCCACUUUUCAAGAAGGUCAAGCAGCCGAACUUAUCCAGGCCCGAUCGAUAUCAACUUGGACUUGCGAGAGCGAAGAAGCUACGCCGGCUAGCAGACCAACAUGGCUGGGACGCCGAAGAUCAGAACAUGUCUAGCUAUCUCUGCGACGAUGUCAGCCCUUACAUGGUGCAUAGCUCCAUGUUUGAAACCACUGUGAGGGAGCAGGGUGAUGAGAAGCAGAGGGAGUACUGGCUACCGAAGAUUCGCAACUGGGAAGCAAUUGGAUGUUACGCACAGACUGAACUAGGCCAUGGGUCGAACGUUCGUGGACUGGAGUGUCGAGCAACAUGGGACCCGAAGGAAAAGAAAUUUGACAUCCACAGUCCCACCCUAACAGCGAGCAAAUGGUGGAAUGGCACCAUGGGCAGAACAGCCAAUCACGCUAUUGUCGUUGCUCAACUGUAUGUUCCGGAAUCAGCAGAAUCAUCGAAGCUGGUCAAUCGUGGCCCGCACCCUUUCGUUGUUCAGAUCAGAGAUCUCAAGACGCAUAAGCCGCUAGACGGCAUCAUCGUGGGCGACAUUGGACCGAAGUAUGGCUAUGCUCCGAUGGACAACGGUUACAUGCUCUUCAACCACUUCAAAGUGCCGCACUCUGCCAUGCUCUCGAAUUAUUCUCGUGUAGAUCCAAACACCUGCACAUACUCGAAGCCAGCGAACCCGGCAGUGGUCUAUGGUAGUCUGACCUACGUCCGAGCACAGAUCAUCAUGCAUGCUCGCCUAAUCAUGGCGCGUGCAGUCACAAUUGCCGUUCGAUACACCACGGUCCGCCACCAGUUCCAAGACCGGGAUAGUAAAGACAAGUCAGCACCCGAACUCUCUGUGCUAGACUAUCCGACUGUUCAGAUCAGAAUUUUGCCACUCUUGGCGACAGCUUUCGCACUCCAUUUCACCGGAGAAGCAAUGUACAACCUGUACUCAAGCACCAGAGCCGAGAUCGAUCAAGGUGACUUCAAGCAACUCGCGAUACUACACGCGCAGUCUUCUGGACUCAAAAGUCUAUGCACUGAGCUCGCAGCAAACAGUAUCGAAACUUGCCGGAGAGCCAUGGGCGGUCAUGGCUUUAUGUAUUCCAGCGGUUUCGUGCAAUUCAACAACGACUAUCUAUCGAAGCCAACCGUGGAAGGCGACAAUUGGAUGAUUACACAGCAGACCGCAAGCUACCUGAUCAAGCGCAUGGAAGCUGCCGUCGCUCGGAAAGGCAAGCCACAGGACGCAAUCGAGGCAGCGUGUCGCGACUGGCUGCAGAACGAGCACCACAAAAAGCCUCAACACUUCCGUAUCUUUGACCGCGACGAGGAUUUGGUCAAGGCAUUCCACCGACGCUCAAGAUAUCUCACAUAUCGAGCAUACGUCGACCGAGUAGAAAAGAAGCGAAGCUGGAAUGACAUGCUGAUCCAGCUCCGAAAGAUCAGCGUGGCAGAGUCGCAGUCGAUCUUGGUCACCAAUUUCUACGAAGCACUCACGUCCUCAAACAUUUCUCCCACACUCAGGAAGCACUUGACCGACCAAUUCCGACUCUUCGCGUUCUUUACACUGGACAACGAGGCGCGAGAUUUCGUCAAAGCCAACGCCGUGUCGGAUGAUGACCUCGAUCGCGUUCCGGAGAAAAUCCAAGAGCUCAUGGCGAAGAUCCGACCACAUGCGGUGCGCCUUGUCGACGCUUGGAAGAUUCCGGAUUUCUUGCUUGAUUCUGCAUUGGGCAGGUAUGAUGGUAAGGUUUAUGAGGAGUUGUUUGAUCGUGCGCAUCGACAAAAUCCUUUGAAUGAGAUUACAUUCAAUCCUUACUACAAGAGCGAGGAGAUCGUUAUGGGUGGGGACAGUAAUUUGAAGAGCAUAGUUUCGAAACUAUGA